GUCUAUCCAUGAGAUUAAUUACUUCCGUCCCAAUAAUAAAUGGGCUGGGCAACGCUGUUAGCAGGUCGAGAGACGAAGCUCCUCGGAAAAGCUCCUCGGCCCAAAACAAACAUCCCCCACCUUCCCUGACGAAUCCUUUUGCAGAAUCUUCUCUUCUUCUUCUCCCAUCAUUUUCCAAUCUUCCUUAAUCGAUCCCACAGCCACAAACUAGGCUUAGCCUCUCAUUUUUUUUUAUCGUUGCAGUCGGCUGUUGUUCACUAAUCUCAAACAUCAAUACCCAGAAGAAGACAGAAAUGGCGGUCUGUUAUUCUUUCUCAUCUCUGGCCAAAACUCCCAGCAGGAUCUGUUGUUGUCCCAUGAGAAGUCGCCCGUCGUCACCAACUGCAAUCACAGUGCUGAAUCUACUCCCACAAAAGUCCAAUCUCAAAUUCUCCACCUCAAUUUCAAAUCCCAGUUCACGUUCACUCUUCUUUACCAAAACCCCUAAAUCCCAGCCCCAAACCCGAUUUUCCUCCUCUACCACCCGAUCGCUCUUCACUGGCAUCGUCGAAGAAAUGGGGCAAGUCAAGCACCUGGGUAACACCCCUGACGGCGGAUUCGACCUCAAGAUCCGAGCCAGCACCGUCCUCAAGGGCGUCCAUCUCGGCGACAGCAUCGCCGUCAACGGCACCUGCCUGACGGUGACCGAGUUCACCGACGAAGACUUCACCGUGGGCUUAUCCCCUGAAACUCUGAGGAAGACUUCCCUGAUAGAGCUCGAGGCCGGUUCGGCGGUGAACUUGGAGCGGGCGGUUCAGCCCACGAGCCGGAUGGGCGGGCAUUUCGUCCAGGGACACGUGGACGGGACGGGGGAGAUAGUUGGCAAGGAUCCAGAAGGGGAUUCGCUGUGGGUGAAGGUGAAGGUGGAUAGAGGGCUGUUGAAGUAUGUUGUUCCGAAAGGGUUUAUCGCGGUGGACGGGACGAGCCUGACGGUGGUUGAUGUGUUUGAUGAGGAGAGCUGCUUCAAUUUCAUGCUCGUGGCUUAUACGCAGCAGAAGGUUGUGAUCCCUUUCAAGAAUGUUGGGCAGAAGGUGAACUUGGAGGUGGAUAUUCUGGGGAAGUACGUUGAGCGGCUGCUCAGCAGUGGGUUUGUGGAAUCCAUCAAACCUGCAGCAUGACGAUUUACUAAGUAGAAUGGUAGAAUUUUCUUGUUGUUUAGAACAAGUUACUAUGCAUUGAAAUGGUGGAAGCUUUUUCUUGGGAUUGAGUGUCACUAGCUUUGUUAUCAACACCCCUAGUACUAGUAGGUUUUUAGUGAGAUUAUUUGGAACCAGUCUCUUGGAGUGAAGCUCAAAGUAUCUGAUGCACGAAUGGUCGAGCCCCGAAAAUUCCAAGGCGUAUUCAGAUGGAUAUUCGAGCUGGAGAUGGCGAUGUUUGUUCUGACCACUGCCCCGCAUACUUCGUGAAAUUUUGAUCAAGCUGAAAUCGAAUCCCGAAAAUUCAGAAAGGUGGUGACACAAUGUGAGCGUGGUUCCAAAGAAGAGGAUGUGGUAUAUGUCCAGGAAUGGUGUAUUCUGCACUUUGCUACUCUAGUCGUUUGUCAUUCCAUCAAUUCUUUUCAGGGAUUCGGUCUACGUUUCUUGUGUAAGUGAUGUGUCGAUGUUCACUCCUGAUUAGUUGAAAUUUGGGUUUUAGUUUGUUGUUUUGCCUGAACAUUUUGUUUGUUAUUGCAGCUUAUGUAUGCUUGAUCUCAGAAUAUCCUCUGCACAACUAAGUCAGGAAAAAUCAGCAUACUAGAUGCGCCUUUCGUGUCUUGAUUGAUGAACUAAACCAAAUUCGAUCAAUGAUCUAGUCUCGGAAACAUCAAGUGUGCUUCUGAUGCAUGAAACUAUCUUGCGUUUUAAAAAAAUCGAGCGGAGAUAAUGUUACAGAGUUGUCACGCAUUGUACCAUACCAAUUUGAAAGGUUACUCGGAUGAGAUUACCCCUUUUUUAUUGUUCCAUUUUGUGAUUGUGAGUGAAGGGCAUUUGAGACUCCUGCUGGUACUGAACGAGAAUUUCUAACAUGCUGGAACUUAGAAGUUUAUGCAAGAUCCUUUGCCUGAUCCAGAACACUGUCUCUGUCUGCAAGUCAAUUAUCUAAUUGAUAAGGGAAAUAAACUAAAGGGUAGUACUUUGAUUGGGAACAAUCUAGUGGAGACUGGAGCUUAUAGAUCUAGCAAGCAGUCGUCAAUCAAUUCGACGUAUUCGAUCUUCAUUGCCAGGAGGGCAGUCAUAGAAAUCAUAAAUGACUCGCCAAUAAUUUGGAAUCACGCAGUGCAGUUCAAAGCAUCUGAUCCAUGCAUGGUCGAAUCCCAAAAGCUCCCACCCGUAUUCAUAUGGGCAGUCCAAAUUCCUUCUAUCAUGCUUGCUUGGGAAUGCCAGAAGGCAACGUUCAAUUGAUAUGUAUUGUGCAGAAUUAAAGUGUGUUUAAUGC